ACGUGAGGGACAUCUACGACUUCACGGCCGCACGGUCUUUCGCGCGGAAACCAAGUUCGAAAGGGCUAUUCAGAGGAGAGAGAGAGAAAGAGAGAGAGGGAGGGGAGUGGCGGGUUCUCCUCUCACUGUAUCUUCGAUCUUGAGUCACAGUGGUUUCUGGCUGAAAAAAAAAAAAUGUCACAGUCUAUCCCGGUGGAGAUCCCUUCCGACGAAGAAGAAGACGAAGCUCGUUCUCCCUUCCAUUCUCACUCCAACAAGAACAAGAAGAGAAGGAGCCAUGAGAGAAGCAUGGCUUCGCCGGUUCUUGUGCUCGACGACGACGACCCUACCUCUCAGAAACCCAAAUGCAAACAUACACCAACAUCAUCUUCAUUAUCAUUCGUCCCCGAAACUCCGAUGUCUCCCGAAAUCUUCAAUUCCAGCGUUUGCAUCGUCAAAUGCUCGUCCAGAUUCUCCGAUCCAAACCCUAGUUCUUCAUCCGUUGGUGAAAAAAUUUCCGGGAUUAAUGGUUUGAUAUGUUUGGAGUCCGACAAUGAGUCUGAAUGUGGUUUGGAGAGAGGAAAUUCUGAGGCGAAUGACACCAUGGAUGAUGUUUUUUCUGCUGCGGUGAGACGCUCCGAGAUGAGCUCGAAAUUCCUUGAUCCUGCUUCCUCCUAUGGUGCUGCUAAUUCAGUGCAAAUUUCUGGGGACAGUCCUAUUCAUGGUGACUGCACUUUUGAAGAUGCUAUUCAUCAGAUAGACACUGACUACGACAAAGAAAAUGUCAUUUUGGAGCGGCUAGAUAAGGCCACAACACGGAAAGGUAAAAAUGUUGAAGUCAAUGGAGAGAAGGAAAAAAGAAAGGAUGAAUUAAUGGCUAGAAAGAUGCAAAUAAGAGAAGAAAGGAAACUGAAGAGGGAGCAAGAGAAAUUGCAAAAACAAGCUUUGAAGGCUGAAGCAGUGGAAAUAAAAAAGUUGGAAAAAGAAAUGCAGAAGUGGGAAAAAGGGAAAUUUGCACUAAAAUCUAUAGUGGCUGAAAUUGAUGCCAAAGUUGUUGAGCUGGGCUCUAUAGGAGGGCAUCUACUUACAAGGUUUUCCGAGAAAGGCCUUACUUUUCGUGUAACAUCAAAUCCUAUUGAAAGAUCAAUUGUUUGGAGAAUGGCUGUGCCUGAACAAAUUUCACAGGUAACAUGAAGCUUGAGGUUCUUAGGUGAUUUAUACA